GCAUUCUCAGUGUGGCCUAAACCAGCGGCCAAGCGCGUUUCGACGGGCAAAGAUUGAAAGCACGCUUUGGACAAGUUUGGCUAGUCAAUCUACUCGAUAGAGUAAAAGAAAAAAAAAAAAAAAUUAACUGGACGAAAAGUCAAAUGAAUCAUUUUUCUUUUCUCUUGCUUAUUCAUUCCUAGACAAAUUAAAAUUAUUUUUGCCACAGCCAAAGUCGUGAAACCGUUGCAUAAUUCGUUUUGGCCGACUUCAACUUACUUGCAUCUCAUCCAACCGUAGCCUUGUGCUGAGUGGGUAGUCCCGAUACCACAAGCCAAAAUGCAGCUCUCCCACCUCACUCUCGCGCCAUUGAUCCUCGCCGGCCUCCCCGGGGCUCUGGCCUGGGGAAGUCUGGGUCACAUCACCGUCGCGUACCUCGCGUCGCGGUUCGUGGCGCCGCAGACGGAGACGUACCUGCAGACGCUGCUCCGAAACGACACGGACGCAUACCUCGCCGGCGUGGCGACGUGGGCCGACAGCAUCCGGUACACGAAAUGGGGCCACUUCACAGGCAUCUUCCACUUCAUCGACGCCAAGGACGACCCGCCGCGGUCGUGCAACGUCGACAUGGACCGCGACUGCAAGGAUCAGGGCUGCGUCGUGACAGCCCUGCAAAACUACACGUCGCGCAUGAUGGACCUCGACCACCUCCAGGCGUGGGAGCGCGCCCAGGCUGCAAAGUUCGUCGUGCACUUCGUCGGCGACAUGCACCAGCCCCUGCACGAUGAGGACGUCGCCCGCGGCGGCAACGGCAUCCACGUCAUGUGGCACGGCCGCGAGUACAACCUGCACUCGGUCUGGGAUAGCGCCAUCGCCGAGCAGCUUCGCGGCGGGGUCCGACGCGGCCGUGGCAUGUACGAUGCGGCCAAGGUUUGGGCCGACGAGCUUGAGCAGGAGGUCAGGGCCGGUAAAUUCCAGGCCGAGAGCGAGGCUUGGCUCGAUGGUGUUGAUUUAGCCGAUCCCGUCGGCACGGCUCUCAUCUGGGCCAGGCAGGGAAACGCUUUUGUUUGCAGUCAUGUCCUUCCGGAAGGCCCCGAAGCCAUCAAAGGCCAAGAACUGAGCGGGAAAUACUACGAGGAGGCUGCGCCCGUCAUUGAGAGUCAAGUAGCCCGGGCCGGCUUCCGGUUGGCUCGCUGGCUAGAUCUCAUCGUUCAAAACAUCCACGAAUCCUCGUCGGUUCCUUCGAUAACCGAUCUUUGACACGCUACGGGUCCUCCGGAUUAGAUGUAUGUUAUGAAUCAGACGCAUUUGUUCCGACGGUCAGCUUGUUUUGAGCUAGAUAUUUUGUCAAAAUGGAUGUUCGGGCCGGCGAUUGAUGGGCGUGAUCAGCACCACACAACCAUCAUGACUCGGCCUUGGGGGGUAAAUGGUUAAUGCCUGUUUGUUUGUGUCUAUUUAUCCAGGAAGAACGUAAUAUGGAUGAUUAUAUAUUGGGCUGCUCAGCGAGUAACCAAGUAAACAGACUCUGUCAUAUACUAGGAACCGGCUAUUCGUAUGUCAAGAUAUAUAGGCAGAUUUGCUGCUUCCCGU